CCCUCAUCCCUUCCUCCCCGCCUCCUAAGGUAGGCAGUCCGCGGCGCACAGCUGCAUCUCUUCAUCCACUCUCGGUAUUUCGCUCCCCCUUCUGACGCGACCGGGCCGGGCAGCUUCAUGGUGACAAAUGGAGUCUUUCAAUCAAAAACUGAACAGUCAGUUAGAGUCAUGGAUGGGACCCAGGGAUCAGCGGGUUCGGGGAUGGCUGCUGCUCGACAACUACCCACCAACCUUUGCACUCACCGUCGUGUACCUUCUGAUCGUGUGGAUCGGGCCCAAGUACAUGAGACACAGGCAGCCGUGCUCCUGCAGAGGCCUCCUGGUGCUCUACAAUCUGGGCCUCACACUCUUGUCCUUCUACAUGUUCUAUGAGCUUGUUUCUGCCGUGUGGAGUGGUGACUACAACUUCUACUGCCAGGACACCCACAGUGCACAGGAGGUGGAUAAUAAGAUUACAAAUGUCCUCUGGUGGUACUACUUCUCCAAGGUCAUCGAGUUCAUGGACACCUUUUUCUUCAUAUUACGAAAGAACAAUCACCAGAUCACAUUCCUUCACAUCUACCACCACGCUAGCAUGCUGAAUAUCUGGUGGUUUGUCAUGAACUGGGUCCCCUGCGGCCAUUCGUACUUUGGCGCUUCGCUGAACAGCUUCGUCCAUGUGGUGAUGUAUUCUUAUUACGCCCUGUCGGCCAUCCCAGCCGUACGGCCCUACCUUUGGUGGAAGAAGUACAUCACGCAGUUACAGCUGAUCCAGUUCUUUCUAACCAUGUCCCAAACGAUGUGUGCAGUCAUAUGGCCAUGUAGCUUCCCCAGGGGAUGGCUGUACUUUCAAAUAAGUUACAUGGUCACGCUCAUCUUCCUUUUCUCAAACUUCUACAUUCAGACUUACAAGAAAUCGAGUGGUUCUCUAAAGAAGGAGCACGAAAACGGCUCCCCGGCAUCAAAAAAUGGACACGCAAACGGGACGCCAGCCACGGAGCGCAGCACACACAAGAAACUGAGGGCGGAUUGACCUUUGAGAAUCAGUGACCUAAUUCUCGCUGUAGCAUGCAAGCUAAUGCUGCUACGAGGUUUAUGUAUCUUCUUAUCUAGAAUAGUUCAGCACUCACAUAGACACAUAGAGACUUUCCAUGUUUUUGCACAGGUUCCUACUCGUUGGUAUUGAAUAAUAAAUUCAUUUAGUAGAGCAUUGUUGUAUGCUCACUAAAUGCUUACCUCACCCACUUUCUAGAAGUAAUUCACUCCAAAGCAAAAAAGCUGUUGCUACCAGCAACCCAACACACAUUUUGACUCAUUCAAUGAUGCUUUUUCGCGGAAAAGUUCUAAAGAUGAAAGCUCAUAGCGUUUGUGUUGGUUACAGCUAAAGGUUUUAUCCCACUGAACGACGUCUCUUUCAACAGCCAGGGAAGAAUAAAAUAACAAUGCUUAAUAUGGCCCUUAAUGUGUAACUAGAGUAUGUAUCAUGUGUCUUUCUUUACAUGACUCCUUCCUGUUGUUGCAUAUUCCUAAAGUUUGCACAGGGUAACGCUGUAACAUGUUUUUAUUGACAGAUUGCAGCAGCAUUCGUUUUGCUGUAGGGCCUAUAUAUAUAUAUAUUUAAAGAGCAGGUUCUUACGUUAAUAUUUAGCUGUCAAACCAAAGCAUUGUGUACUUUAGGGGCUAAUAUUCAAACCAGUUUGAGGGCAAGUUUUGUUUUUGGAGCACAAUAUGAAACAAUUCUCCUUAAAGUCCCCCAUGUUAUUAAAUCAAUUUGUCUCCUCUCAAAUUAAUAAAAUAUCUACUGUAGCCCUAUCUAUUAAAUAUAAUGAAAACAUUAACUCAUAAAAUUAAUUAAUUAAACAUAGGUCUGCUCAUUGGUCAAGUAAAUUAUAUUAGAUAAAGAUAAGAUAAACACCCAAGUAGACUAUAUUAAGACAAACCUGAAUAUGUUGUCAUUUCUGACCGUGGCAACAGCAGAUGAAAAAACCUCCAUUUGGUAGAUGCUGUAGAGCUUUUGACUUCCACGGGAUCUCCCUCAACUCAUUAAACUAAAAGAGUAGAAAUCCAUGACAACUUGCCAAAUCUACUCAGGCAGAUGAUUUGAUACGAUCAAAAGCUCCAAAACAAGUUCCGAAUGCAUCAUGAGAUGGAAUUGUUUUGCCAAUUAAUAUGUAGUAGUUUUUAUCUCUUUACAUAAAUAUGGUGCCUUCUGGACCAGUUUAUUUGGUUUAUAAUUUAGCAUUUUUCAUCUUUUCAAUAUGAUAUCAUCAGAUUCAUGUUGGUCCAUUUCACCUGUCAAACUUCCAGUUCAAAUCCUGUGCCUGAUGUUUCUUUUUUUUCGAUAUAUCAAAAACAACUGAAACAUACUGAAACAACAGUGAUGUUUAUCUGGUAUUAAACACAUAGUUGGGGGAUAUGCUUCACACUGUCUCGCUCAGACUUAAGAUGAGAAGAGGCUCUCGGCAAGAAAGUUAACAAGAAUAUUUCCCAAAAUUUGGAAUUGAUCAGGACACUUUACAUUUUAACAUAUUAAGAUGUUAUUAAAGUUAAAGCAUAGUGUUAUGACAAGAUAAUGGAUUGUUGUUGACUUUCUGAGGAAAAAGAGGUUGUAGAGUUUUAACUAUUUAUUCCUUUGUCGUCCUUAUGUUUAUGUCAUUGAGUUUUUAACCAAACCACUGUUAGGUAACUGCUGGUAUUGAAGUCAACGGUACAAGGAUGUUUAAAUGAUGAACUCUGCGUGACAUAUAUUUUCUCAGUGGAGCGUUGCUGCAUUCCACCAUGCUGAAUCCAUUUAAUGAGGUACUGCGUGGCCUUAGCAUGAGCAGAACAUGAUGCUCAAAUGUAUAUAUGACCUAGAUUUAUGUUUAGUGCUGCAGAAGUUGUCUUUAAAGUCUUAAGAAUUCAUUCAAUUUUGUCUGCAUGAUCAAUCUGAUUUGUAGAUAACGGCCAAUAAGAGAAAGCCUGUUGAACAUGCAUGAGCUGUGUCUGAUCAAAAAUGUAAUAACGUGAACGCGCUAAAGGUAAUAGGGUCGAUAUAUUUAAGAGCUGGAUUAGCAUUUAACAACAUCCCAAUUGGCAAAAGCCAAGUAAGCAAAUGUAAAGAUAUAUUACAUGCAUUUUUAUAGGCAUGUUUAGAUAUAUACGGUGGAUAAAUACGGUAUAGAUUUUCUGAAAUGUGGGGUGAAUCUGGGUUGACAUGUUGUGAGUUACGCUUUAAUCUCUGUAACUCAUUCAAAAUAAACUGAGAUUGUAAACCUU